AUGUACCUUUUAUGCAACAAAGUUUUGGGCAAUGACGCUAUGAAACCAUCUAAACUGCAAGAUCAUCUGAGAAGAUGCCACCCUGAUAAAACAGAGAAAGAUUUGAAAUACUUUCAAACACUCAAAGAUAAAUUUCAGAAGAAACCUACACUGGACAGAAUGUUCGCUUCGACGUCACAAAGAAAUGAUGAUGGUUUGCGGGCGUCUUACAAUAUCUCGUUACUUAUAGCAAAAUCCGGAAAACCGCAUACUACCGGAGAUAAGUCAAUUUUGCCAGCCGUCGAAGAUGUUUUAAAAACUGUUUUACACAAACCUGCAUCUGACAUCAUUAAGAGAAUUCCCUUAAGCAACAAUACUGUUGAAAGACGUAUUGAUGAAAUGAGUUCUGAUAUUGAAAGCUUCUUAUGUGAUUAUUUGCAAACGACCCAUUUCUCUAAAGAACUGGACGAGUCAACUUUACCUGAUAAUGCAGCAUUAUUACUGGCAUAUGAUGAUAUUAUGAAUCAAGAAACCUAG